AGAAGCAGACACUUUCUUUGGGAAGAGGAGGACAACAACAAGGACGUUUCAGCAACCGAGUCGCUGUACGUAAUUGUGGUGGACCGCAACCGACCUGAUCGCCAGAGUCUUGCAGCCCUUGCUUCCCGCCUUUGCGCCAAAGAAACGCCCUGUUUCGCGGCUCUUGGACCGCAAUUUCGGGCGCCCUCGAAAGAACUGGAUACGGGCGCCGACAUUGUCGGUCGUCGACGCGAGGCGAGCUGGAGACCCGAUAGCCGACAGAUACGAACGACCUUGUGAGCUAUACCGGAUCCUCGUAUUUCGAGCCCAGGGAGCCCAGGGGAUCCCCCACCUCCACCGCCUCUUCGUCCCGAGCCUCAAGGAUCCCGCGAGGCCAGGACUCUUUGUCACUUCCUCCUUCUCGACUUCUGGCAUACUACCCAUUCACCACAAACCGCCAACCUUGGGGUCUUAUCACUUGGUCUACCACUGUCCAUUGACCUGCUUCUGCCCAGCUCUUGGGGCUUUCUGGUUCUCAAAUCUCGGCAAAGCUCCACUUGCCAGUGCAGACCACGUGCGCCCCAGCGUUGUACAGAAGGGUUGAAUUUUGGAAUCGCGGCGACCCUUGUUGCAACACCACUUUAGACAGGGUCUUUGGCCUCCGUAUUGCAUUUGAUGAGUUCAGGACAAGGCUGUAGCACGCAUUGAUCCCGAAAAGGACCGAACUCUUUGGAUUCAGGAGCCUUGUCUUACUCUCAGCCUUGCAGAACACACUCCCCCCAGCCAGUUUGCAAUCAUGUGGAACAAUUCACCCCAUUACUACCCUCACCAGGGCCCGCCUGGGCCUUACAUCCAUCGCCAGUCCACCAUGAGCGAUCAGAUGUCCGUCUCUUCCGGAACGACUGGAGUCAUGAGCCAGGGGAGCCAUCCUCAGAGCUACAACGUCCAACAAGCGACCCCACACGCCUAUAACACCACCACGACCUACUUCUACCCAAGCAGCCACGUUCAUAACCCGCCUUCUCACCCACUGGCCCAGAACCAUCCAUAUGUCUCGUCGCCACCGAUCGCAACAGGCCCUCCACCAUCGCUCACAAGCAUCCUCUUAACUUCCGCCCCGCAACAAUUCGCCCAAGCAACAGAACAUCCCUUCCUCCGUCUGGCGGGGCAAGGUAGUCUUCCCAAACACACUUUAUCGCGCUGGCUCUCCCAAGACCGGCUCUACGCGCAAUCCUACAUCGGCUUCAUCGGCUCUCUCAUCGCCCGUGUCGACCUGCCCUACGUCAACGUCACGGAGAAAUCGACGUCCUUGCGUUGGCGCAUCGUGAAUUGCCUGACCGGGGCCUUGCAGAACAUCCACACCGAGUUGAAAUUCUUCGCCGACACCGCUGCCAAGUACGGCCUGGAGUUGGACGCGCCAACACGCGCCGACGGCAUGUUCACGGCCGAGCAGGCCACCAAGCAGUACAUCGACCUGUUUCGAGCGUUUUGGACCGACCCCAGCAUGAGUCUGCUCGAGGGCAUGGUCGUGCUGUGGGCGACCGAGACCGUGUACCUGAGCGCGUGGAACUACGCCAGGUCGUUUGGGGAGAAGCCUCUCGCGGCACUGGACGUGGGCGGAGACGCGAAGGAGACGACCAAGUCCGAAGGCGUCAUGUCGGAACUCGAGGGCAGCGAGGUCAACACGCUGCACAACGACAGCGACGGCGCCGCAGCGACCGACAAAAGCACCGCUCUCGACGACGCGGAACCCACCACCACGAGCACGGACCGCAUGGAGUCCCCGCCCACCACCCACGCGAGCGACCUCGACGGCGGCGCGCUCCGCGACGCCUUCAUCCCCAACUGGACCAGCGCCGCGUUCGAGGCCUUUGUCGCCGAGAUCGCCGAGCUGACCGACCUGCUGGCCGAGCGCGAGGACGCCGUCAACCGCAAGCUGGACGUCUACCUCGCCGUGUGGAAGCAUAUUUUGGACGUCGAGAGGCGGUUCUGGCCCGACGUGGGCGCCGGCGCCGAGACCGGUUCUUGAGCAGAAAACCCCUGAGA